GAUGGGAGCGUCUGCGCGGUGCGGUGCGGCGCUGCCGGCCUCGCCGCGGUGCUGUGGGGCAGGACGAGGCGGCCUUUGCUGUGCAGAGCCCACGCCAGGUCCCCAGGAAGGAUGUGGCCGCUCCGGCUUGCCUGGGUGCUGGCCGCGCUGGGCAUCGCGGCCGGCACUGACCCCACCGCGCCGCUGCCAGACGGGGCCUCCAUCUUCGCCGACCUGACGCCUGCGGAGCUGCGUGCGGUGCGGGACUUCCUGAUGGGCCGCCCGGAGCUGGGGCUGUCCCCGAGCCGGGGGGGCACCCUGGCGCAGAACACGCUCUUCCUGGUGGAGCUGCUGCCCCCCAAGAAGUGGCUGGCCCUGCGCCACCUGGAUGAGGGCGGCCCCGCGCCCCAGCGCCAGGCUCGAGCCGUCGUCUUCUUUGGGGGGCAGGCGGAGCCCAACGUCACCGAAUUCGCCGUGGGGCCCCUGCCGCGGCCCAGCUCCUACCAGCCCCUGCGCUUCAAGGGCAGGCGCACCAUCCCCUUCGCUGCCCGGCCCAUGACGCAGCUGGAGUACGAGCUGCUGCACCGCACUCUUGUGCAGGCAACGGAGCCGCUGUACCGGCUGCUGCGCGAUGCCACCGGCUUCUGGUACCACAACUGCACCGACCGCUGCCUCACCUUCUCGGACAUCGCGCCCCGUGGGCUGGCGUCCGGCGAGCGCCGCAGCUGGUUCAUGCUGCAGCGCUUUGUGGAGGGCUACUUCCUGCACCCCGUGGGGCUGGAGAUCCUCAUCGACCACCGGGACCCCGAUCCACACCGCUGGGCCAUCCAGCGCCUCUGGUACAACGGGCAGUACUUCUCCAGCCCGCAGGAGCUGGCCGAGCGCUACGAGCAGGGGCAGGUGGCUGUGGCACGGCUGUCCGACCACGCGUCCCAGCUCCUCUUCUCCACCUACGUGCCACGCGGGCGCUUCACCACCGGCACCCCCACCGACGUGCACGGGGCCAAGGUGUGCGAGCCCCAGGGCCGGCGCUACCGGCUGCGGGGGAACCGGCUGGAGUACGGGGGCUGGAGCCUGGCCUUCCGCCUGCGCUCCUCCUCCGGCCUCCAGCUCUUCGACCUGCGCUUCAACAAGGAGCGCGUGGCCUACGAGGUGAGCGUGCAGGAGGCCAUCGCCUUCUACGGCGGCAACACGCCGGCCGCCAUGCAGACCAAGUACAUCGACGCCGGAUGGGGCAUGGGCUCCGUCACCUACGAGCUGGCCCCCGGCAUCGACUGCCCCGAGGUGGCCACGUACCUGGACGUGCACCACCUCUACGACGCCGAUGGGCCGGUGCGCUUCGCCCGCACCGUCUGCAUCUUCGAGCUGCCCACGGGCGUCCCGCUCCGGCGGCACUUCAACAGCAACUUCCAGGGCGGGUACCACUUCUACGCCGGGCUGGAGGGACACGCACUGGUGCUGCGCACAACCUCCACUGUCUACAACUACGACUACAUCUGGGACUUCCUCCUCUACCCCAACGGCGUGAUGGAGGCCAAGGUCCAUGCCACCGGCUUCAUCCACGCCACCUUCUACACGCCGCAGGGCCAGCGCUACGGCAGCCGCGUCCAGAGCCACGUCCUGGGCAACCUGCACACCCACCUGGUGCACUACAAGGUGGACCUGGACGUCGCAGGCACUGGCAACAGCUUUGAGACGAUGGACUUGAGCUUCGAGAACAUCUCCAACCCCUGGAGCCCCGACGCACGCGUGGUGCAGCCCUGGCUGCACCGGCAGCCGCGCCGCAGCGAGCGCCAGGCCGCCUUCCCGCUGGGCCAGGCACUGCCCCGCUACCUGCUCUUCUCCAACCCUCGCCAGCGCAACCGCUGGGGCCACACGCGCAGCUACCGCAUCCAGCACAGCUCCCAUGCCGGGCGCGUGCUGCCCCGUGGCUGGAGGGAGGAGAGGGGCAUCUCCUGGGGCAGGUACCACCUGGCCGUGACACGGCACCACGAGAACGAAGCCGUCAGCAGCAGCCUCUACACCCAGAACGACCCCUGGGAGCCCCUGGUCAACUUCGAGGGCUUCAUCCGCGACAACGAGAGCAUCGAGGACCAGGACCUGGUGGCCUGGGUGACCGUCGGCUUCCUGCACAUCCCGCACGCCGAGGACGUCCCCAACACGGCCACCCCUGGCAACGCCGUCGGCUUCUUCCUGCGCCCCUUCAACUUCUUCGACGAGGACCCGUCGGUGGCCUCGCUCAGCCCCGUCAUCGUCCGCCCGCUGGACCAGACCUUCUCGCGCGUGGAGGUGCAACGCUGGACGCCCGACAGCCCCGGCCCCUGCGUUGCGCCGGGGCCCUUCGCCUACAAUGGCACGUACUGGCCGGAGUGAGCGCCGCGGGGCGCGGGAGGGGGCAGGGACCCCGGGGACCUUGGGGACCCCAGCCCCUCGGGCUCAAUAAAAGCUGUGCCACCGCCUCCGG